GUGUGAGAGGUCAGGCCGGGCGGGCGAUGAUGGCGGCGGCGGCGCCGCUGCGGGUCGGUGCGAAGGCGAGGUCCAGCCGGAGACGCGCAGGAAAUAAACAGUCAAGUAUUUUGAAAAAUGAAGAUGCAGCACAAAGGAAAGCAGCACUUGAGGCUGCUAUUAGAAAGAAGAUUGAAUAUGAGAAAAAAGCUCUGCAUGUUGUUGAACAGCUAUUGGAGGAAGAUAUUACAGAAGAGUUCCUUGUGAAUUGUGGAAAUUUUAUUACCCCAUCUCACUAUAAGGAUGCUGUGGAGGAGCGUUUUAUCAUCAAACUCUGUGGCUAUCCCUUGUGUCAAAAUAGGCUAGAAAAUGUGCCAACACAGAAGUACAGAGUUUCAACAAAAACAAACAAAGUUUAUGAUAUUACAGAAAGAAAGUGUUUUUGCAGCAAUUUUUGUUACAGAGCAUCUAAAUAUUUUGAAGCUCAGAUUCCCAAAAGUCCAGUGUGGAUGCGAGAAGAAGAAAGACCACCAGACAUAGAACUGCUGAAGGAGGGGCAAAGUGGCCAGUCUGGGGAAGAAGUAAAACUGCAUCAUGAAGUCAUUAAAGUCUCAGAUAUUGAAAAUCCUAAAACAUCAGCAAGCCAGUGUGACUCUGAUUCCCAUGGCACAUACAAUGACAACAUCAGUGAUACUGAACAAGAAUUUGUUUCCUCUAUUCUACCAGGAAAUCGAUCAAAUGCAGCCAGUCUGGUGCAACCAUUGCACAAAAAAAGUAUACUCAAAAAGAAGCCUGGUCAGAAUAAAAACUCCACGCAUAGAGAUAGAGACCAUAGAGUGAUAAAUAUCACUGAACAAUUAAGUGAGUGCAAAUUAGAUAACCAGGAAAAAAAGAGUUCUUGUUCUGUUACUGGCAUUUCUUCAGACACUAUUAUGUCAGAAAACUUAAAAAAUCCAGAAAACUGUGAAAGUAGGUGUAAUGGUUCACAAGUAGUUUUGCUAGGUGUGAGCAAAAAGGGGGCAGAACAACUGAAAAAAAUACUUGCUAAAUCAAAGCAGCAUAUCAAACCUGAAUUGAAUGCACCAGUUGAUUCCCUUACUGCUACACGUAAUGUGUUAGAUGUGCUUAAGCAGACUUUUAUUGAAUGGAGGACUGAAGAAACUUACAAGUUUCUCUGUGGUUCCAACUAUGCUACUGUACACUUACCAGAACACACAUCAGCUGUUAACUGUGAGAAAGAAGAACUUGAUGAGGAUGACUUAAAAACAGCAGGUGACCUUAAUGACGCUGCUGCUGCUGCUACAAAGGAAUCUAAAAAUAGUUUGAACCAGUCUUUGCCUUUUGGGGGCACAGGUGCAAUGGUUAAACCUUUGCCUAGCUAUGAAAAGCUAAAAGAAGAAACAGAACUAUUAGGACUAAGAGUAAAGGAAUUCUAUAAAGGAAAAUGUCUCUUGGCUGAAGAAGCAACAACACAGGUGGAAGGAGCGGAGCAUCCUAGCAAUGUUAAAGAUGACCAGCAGGGUGAUCCCAUCCUCCCGCUCGUAGAUUCUCAUGCCCAAAUGCAGAUUCGAAAGCAGAUUGUACUUGAAAAAUUGAGGAAAGUAUUGCCUGCAGUUUUGGGCCCUCUUCAGAUUACACUAGGUGACGUUUACAUGGAACUGAAAAAUCUUGUCAAAACUUUCAGGUUAACAAAUACAAAUAUUAUUCACAAAAUGCCGGAAUGGACCCUAAUUGCUGUUGUGUUGUUAUCAGCGUGAAAAUCUGGCCCCCUUGAAUUCAGCGGCAAAGGAUUUUACCCUGUCUGUUGAUGUGUGGGCACUUAAGAAAUAAAAAGUGACAAUAAAGGGGUUUUUAUUUUUAAGGAAGAAUAUAUAUAAGCAAAACAUUUACUUGAGCAAGUCAGCGAUUUCUGGGGGCUGCAGGUGAAGAAACUGACAGUAGUGGGAGCAGUGAACAAAGAUAAGAUGUUAAUGAAUCCCACCUCCUGCAAUUGUUAGCAUUCAGGCCAUUGGUUUUGAAUCAGUUUUAUAGCCUUAAUUUAAGUGUAGUGGACAAAAAAAUUAAAAAUACGAAUAAGUAAGCUUCUGUUGCCAUCAAAGGGUUAAAAUAAUAUGUAAGGCAACUAUAUUGGAUUCUGUAAACAGGUCAGUAAACAUAAAACGUUGGGUAAUUUGUUCUUUUCAUUCACCCAAGUAAAUGCUAGUGUCUCUUUUCCCUAUUAUAAAAAUUAAUUUUUGGGAUUAAAGAAAAGAGCUUUGAAAUACUCCCUUUCCCCCUGUCAUAAUCUAACCUAAUAGGAUAAAGGCUUUAAUUAUGGGACAUUUUAAGUCCAUAGUUGCAAAUAACAUUAGUUCUCAUCAAAUUAUUUAACUAGUAGCAUUUUAUAACAUCAAAAAUUUAAUUCUGGAGGUCUCUUUAAACACUUCUGCAUGUUGAUGUUUGUAAGUUAGAUGUUUUCAAUUCAAGAUCAUCCAUCAAAUAUUAAUGUGUUCUAAUGGAAAAUCUUCACUCUAGAGGCAACCUCUUGCUUUUAACAAGGUUUUUUAGUAUGUUUUGUUGAGCUUGCUUUAUAAACUUGAAUUUAAGUUAUAAGCAUAGAAUAUUUUAAAUCUUACCCAUGAGCAUAACAGCUAAAUAUAAGAUGGGGGUACAAGUAGUAAUAAUCAUUUAAUACUUACGAGCAUGUGUAGUUGUCUGUAACACAGAAUGAUUGUGUAAUUAUUUAAAUAUCACACAUUAGAUUAUACUUCCUACCUGUCAACCUUUAUCAUUAGAGUGAAUUGUAUCUAACCUUACUCCAUGCCUGUGCCUACCAGCUUUCAGUACCAUGUUAAAAUAAACUAU